GUGGUGGUCGGUUCACUUCUCGGUCCUCCUCGUAGCUACGAAUUUUUCUGGUGAGUCAUUUAGUUUGUUUCCUGGUGAAGAAAUCAACACAUCGUCUUCUCUUUCUCUGUUCUUGAUAUAGUCUUCCUAAAAACAAAGUAGAUCAAAACAUCGUGGAACAGUUUUGAGUCGGUUGAAUUAAAUCUACGUGAUUCAGAAUCAGAGAGAUGGCAGCUUCUUUAUCGAGCAGACUUUUGAAAGGAUUCACUAGCCUCCAGGCUGUUCGUUCUAGCAGAUUGGCAUCUGCAUCAGCUUACCAAAAUGGGGUGAUGAGAUACUCAUCUACAGUGCCGAGUGAUUCAGACACACAUGAUGAUUUCAAGCCUACGCAAAAAGUCCCUUCCGGUUCUACGGACUCACUUAAAGAUAUCGUUGAGAAUGAUGUCAAGGAUAAUCCUGUUAUGAUUUACAUGAAAGGUGUCCCUGAAUCUCCUCAGUGUGGGUUUAGCUCACUUGCCGUCAGAGUUUUGCAACAAUACAAUGUUCCUAUCAGUGCUAGAAACAUUCUAGAAGACCCUGAGUUGAAAACUGCUGUGAAAUCCUUCAGCCACUGGCCUACGUUUCCACAGAUCUUCAUUAAGGGAGAGUUCAUUGGCGGCUCAGACAUCAUUCUUAACAUGCACAAGGAAGGUGAAUUGGAGCAGAAGCUUAAAGACGUCUCCGGAAACCAAGAUUGAUCCAAGGCGAACGUUAGCUGACUGCUGAAUGAAGUUAUUAUGUUUUUGUUCCUUCUUUUUAUAAGAAUGUCUUUUGAUGUACGGCAAUAAAUGAAUGUCUCAGAAACUCAAAAUCUUUGGAUUUGGUAAUGAACAAAAGGGGACAAAUAUAGAGCAUAUGGAGCCUUUUUUUAUUU